AUGUGGACGGCGUUGCACUGGGCAGCAAAACACGGCAACAAAGACAUGGCGACUUUAGUGGCUGAAGCUGGUGCCGACGUCAACACCAAAUCACAUGUGAGUACCAGCUUCUCCUUUGCUGACGGAUACACACCUUUGCACAUAGCAGCGUUACACGGGCAUCAGCACAUACUGGACCUGCUCGUUGGGACAUAUGGGGCCAAAGAAAACCUGAGGGACUACAGCGGCCAUCUUGCUUUGCACUAUCUCAACAUCAAGGAACCGGAAGUGUCUGAGGAGGAAUGUGACAUACAGUUCGCAGUGACACAGGCCCGUGAGCGCCACAGAAACAGGAAGCUGGCGUCUCUGUUUUCCUCCCGGAAGAAGUGGGGCUCCGCAGAAGAGCUCGCCCCGAUCGAGGAGGAGCGAUCGGGGACGCAUCAACUGCCUCUGCCUCCCUUCAGGCCACGCAAGUUCUCCCGCUGA